CAUACCGGAGACUGCCGCUGCAAGCGCGGCCCCGCCGAGGAAGGAAGCAGCCGGCUGGGGAGGUGAAGCUCGCGUGGCGUGGGCAGUGAAGCAGUGACAUCAGACAACAGAUGGGCGGUGUGAUGAGAGCUUCCCAGAGGAUUGGACCUGGCCAGGAGAGUCGGCCCGGAGGCCACGUGCUGCUGCCUUGCUGAAAAAAGGAAGCCGGGACAAGCCGUGCCACGCAGGAAGUGGAGCCCCGUCUACAGCCGCACCAUUGAUGGAGGACAGAUGGACAGCCUGUUGGCCACUCACGCCUCCACUUGAGCCUCUGCAGAGUGCCUGUUUGUCACGGGCCAGGCACCUGGCACGAGCCGGCAGUGGCUUUCUGAACCCUGUGGUCGGACAGACGUAGAGUGAGCCCGCAGCGCACGUCCGGACCUGACACUUGCGUGCCCGCCACCAUGAGUGCCGAGGGCUAUCAGUACCGGGCGCUGUAUGACUAUCAGAAGGAGAGGGAUGAAGACAUUGACCUGCACCUGGGGGACAUCCUGACCGUGAAUAAAGGAUCCUUGGUCGCACUGGGAUUCAGUGAUGGGCAGGAGGCUCGGCCAGAAGAAAUCGGCUGGUUAAAUGGUUAUAAUGAGACCACCGGGGAGAGAGGCGACUUCCCGGGCACUUACGUUGAGUAUAUCGGAAGGAAGAGGAUUUCGCCUCCCACUCCGAAGCCUCGGCCGCCUCGACCCCUUCCUGUGGCGCCAGGUUCUUCGAAACCGGAGGCUGACACUGAGCAUCCAGCUUCGACACUUCCAGAUCUGACUGAGCAGUUCGCCCCUCCUGACGUCGCCCCACCUCUUCUGGGGAAGCUUGUGGAAGCCAUCGAGAAGAAAGGUCUGGAAUGUGCGACCCUCUACAGAACACAGAGCUCCAGCAGCCCGGCAGAACUACGGCAGCUUCUCGAUGGUGACGUAGCGGCCGUGGACUUGGCAGUGACGGAUGUGCACGUGUUAGCCGAUGCCUUCAAACGCUAUCUCCUGGACUUACCCAAUCCCGUCAUUCCCAUAGCCGUGUACAGCGAGAUGGUCUCCUUAGCCCAAGAAAUACAAAGCCCCGGAGACUAUAUGCAGGUGUUGAAGAAGCUCAUCCGCUCGCCUGGCAUCCCUCCUCAGCACUGGCUCACGCUGCAACAUUUGCUCAAACAUUUCUUCAAGCUCUCGCAGGCCUCCAGCAAGAAUCUCCUAAGUGCCAGAGUGCUCGCCGAGAUCUUCAGCCCUAUGCUUUUCCGAUUCCCUGCAGCCAGCCCCGAGAACACGGAACACUUCGUUAAAGCUAUAGAGAUUCUGAUCUCCACUGAGUGGAAUGAGCUGCAGCCUGUACCAGCACUGCCUCCCAAGCCACCCAAACCCACUCCUGUAGUCAACAACGGUAUGAAUAACAGUAUGUCCUUGCAAGAUGCUGAAUGGUACUGGGGCGACAUCUCAAGGGAAGAAGUGAAUGAGAAGCUUCGGGAUACGGCGGACGGAACCUUCUUGGUACGAGACGCUUCUACAAAAAUGCACGGGGAUUACACGCUUACACUAAGGAAAGGAGGAAAUAACAAAUUAAUCAAAAUAUUUCACCGGGAUGGGAAGUAUGGCUUCUCUGACCCAUUAACCUUCAACUCUGUGGUGGAACUAAUAAACCAUUACCGGAAUGAAUCCCUGGCGCAGUACAAUCCCAAGCUGGAUGUGAAGUUGCUUUACCCAGUGUCCAAAUACCAGCAGGAUCAGGUUGUUAAAGAAGAUAAUAUUGAAGCUGUAGGGAAAAAAUUACAUGAAUAUAACACUCAGUUUCAAGAAAAAAGUCGAGAAUAUGAUAGAUUAUAUGAAGAGUAUACCCGCACUUCGCAGGAAAUCCAGAUGAAAAGAACAGCUAUUGAAGCAUUUAAUGAAACCAUCAAAAUAUUUGAAGAACAGUGCCAAACCCAGGAGCGGUACAGCAAGGAAUACAUAGAGAAGUUUAAACGCGAAGGCAAUGAGAAAGAAAUACAAAGGAUCAUGCAUAAUUAUGACAAGUUAAAGUCGCGAAUCAGCGAGAUCAUUGAUAGUCGGAGGCGGCUGGAGGAAGACCUGAAGAAGCAGGCAGCCGAAUACCGGGAGAUUGACAAACGCAUGAACAGCAUUAAACCAGAUCUCAUCCAGCUGAGAAAGACCAGAGACCAGUACCUGAUGUGGUUGACUCAGAAGGGUGUCCGGCAGAAGAAGCUGAACGAGUGGCUGGGCAACGAGAACACGGAAGACCAAUACUCACUGGUGGAAGAUGACGAGGACUUACCUCACCAUGAUGAGAAGACUUGGAAUGUUGGCAGUAGCAACCGGAACAAAGCCGAGAACCUGCUUCGAGGGAAGCGAGACGGUACCUUCCUGGUCCGCGAGAGCAGCAAGCAGGGCUGCUACGCCUGCUCCGUGGUGGUGGACGGCGAGGUCAAGCACUGCGUGAUCAACAAGACAGCCACCGGCUAUGGCUUCGCCGAGCCCUAUAACCUGUACAGCUCCCUGAAGGAAUUGGUGCUACAUUACCAACACACCUCGCUCGUGCAGCACAAUGACUCUCUCAACGUCACACUAGCCUACCCGGUAUAUGCACAGCAGAGGCGAUGAAGCGCUCACCCUCCUCGAUCCUUCUCCUCAAGUUCAAACACCCUCGAGGCCUCUGGGAAGCAAAGGGCUCCUCUCCAGCCUGAGCACUGAGCUGCAGAUGGGACUUCGAGC